CUAUGGCCAAUCAAAACGAUAACACGUCAUUGAAAAUACAAUAUUAAGAGUAUUCAAAUACUGUUCGUUCUCUGCAUGUAACUAACGGAGAGCUAAUUGUUUAAAUCAACUAUAUUUGCCCCUGAUUCCUUGUUAUAAAUACAAAAUAUGAAGUAUUUUGUCAUGGUAUUGGUAUUUUUACUCUUUGCUACAGGAGUGCACGCGGCAAAAAAAAGGCAUAUGGGCGACUUUAAUUUUGACCAUUUUUGUCCUCAUGACCCCGCCAGUUGUAAUGGAUGGUGUGUUCGCUUUUUAUUUGAUUUAGGAAAAUGUGAAGGGCCUGGCAACAACCAGUGUUGGUGUUAUUGGUAUCUUAAACAACCUAGUCUUCAGGGGAGGUCACCAAUUUCCUAAGACAAAUAACACUAUUUACUAUGAAUAAAAUAUUGUAAAUACAAAUAUUGGAUGUCUCACUCUAAUUUCAAUUGUAAUUU